AGGACCGGGAGGAGGGACAGGGAGGAGGAACCGGGAGGAAGAAGCGGGAGGAGAGACAGGGAGGAAGGACCAGGAGGAGGGACCGGGAGGAGCCGGGGCUGAGCGGGCCCGGCGCGGCGGGAGCUGCGGGCGAGAGGCCGCCAUGGAGGCGCUUGCGGGAGCGCCUGUGGCCAUCGCCGUGGCCGUGGUGGCCGCGUCCGCCCUGCUGCUGCUGCUGCUCCGCGGGACGGCGCGGAGGCCGAGCGGCCCCGUCACGCUGCAGGACCCGCUGGCCAAGUACCCGCUGCGGCUGCUGGACAAGGAGGAAAUCAGUCAUGAUACUAAGAAAUUCAGAUUUGGGCUACCCUCAACAAAUCAUAUAUUAGGAUUGCCUGUAGGCCAACAUGUUUACCUUUCUGCAAAAAUUGAUGGGAAUCUGGUGAUCCGAGCCUAUACCCCAGUUUCCACUGACAAGACAAAAGGUUAUGUUGAUUUAAUUAUAAAGGUCUACCACAAAAAUGUGAACCCCAAGUUUCCAGAAGGCGGGAAGAUGUCCCAGUAUCUGGAUAACAUGAAGAUUGGAGAUACCAUUGAUUUCAGAGGGCCAAAUGGACUCCUGGUCUAUAAGGGGACAGGUACCUUUCUGAUCAAGCCUAAUAAGAAGUCUGAGGCAGAGAAGAAGUUUGCAAAGCACCUUGGGAUGAUAGCUGGAGGAACAGGAAUAACUCCUAUGUUGCAGCUGAUCCGUCAGAUCACAAGCGACCCCAAGGACUCCACAAAAUGUUACCUCCUUUUUGCUAAUCAGACAGAAAAUGAUAUAUUGCUGAGAGCUGAGCUAGAAGACAUUGCCAAGAGGCACCCUGAGCAGUUUGUGCUGUGGUACACACUGGACAGACCUCCAAAAGACUGGAAGUACAGCUCUGGCUUUGUCACUGCAGAGAUGCUGGAAGCCCACCUGCCUCCCCCUGGCAGUGAGACCCUCAUUCUCAUGUGUGGGCCACCACCAAUGAUUCAGUUUGCCUGUCAGCCCAACCUGGACAAGCUUGGCUAUCCCAAGAGCAGUACAUUUGCUUAUUAACAUCCAUGGCACCUGAUACCUUUUUUGGAAGUUCUGCAUAUUUUUCUACAGGAACAGAUGAUGUGCAGCUGUGCAGAAUUUGUGUGUGUGUGUGUGUGUUUUAACCCCUUGAUGUAAUUUCUGUGGUUUAUAACUUCAUAAUUACCUUGUGUGUUUUAAUACUAAGAAGUUGAGAAAUCCUCUUGAAUUGUGUGGGAGUACUUAGUCUGAGCUCUGAAAUUACUAUAAAACAUUUCAGAGGGGAAAAAAAAAAUAUGAUGAGAGAUCAUCCACAUGAAUUUGUGUUAAAUCAUUCCAUGGUCAGCAAGAGAGGGGAACAUUCACAAUUUAUUCAUAACAGUCAAAAAAUAAGCAUUUAUACCACUGUUAUGCUAAUUAGGAUUUCUUAGUACGUAUAUUUAAAAGAAGAAUCAGUUGUUUUGUGGAUUGACUAUCCACAACAACACACUGAGUUGUAAAUACAGCAUUGAAAGAAAUAGGAAACAGUGUGUUUGGAAUAUCCCAGGGCUGCUGGAGCAGCAAUCCCAUUUGCAGUGCUGUACUAAGUCUGUUGGCUAAUUGACCUAACGAAGUAUUCCAAAUGCCCAUGGUACCUGAGCUGGUCACUAGCACUGACUGCAUUGCCAGACUGGAACAUUUAACACCUUUGAUCAAACAUUAAACAUCAGUGGUUUGCUCA